AUGAGCGCUCUAUCGACGUCGCUGGCGAGCGAGUUCGGCGUUGAAUUCCACCCGACCGACCGUCGCAUCCGAUGCGGGGGGCACAUUAUCAACCUGUGUCUUCAGGCGUUCCUGUUCGCCUCCAGCAAGGAGGCACUCUGCGCGGCGAUUGAGGAGGCGGAUAGAAGCAUGGACGCAACAGCCGUUGAGUAUCUGCAAGCGCAGUUGCGGCACAGGGCUGCCAAGGGUAAGCGCUUGAAGGUGACAGAAGACCAGGCCGGGUGGCGAUCCAUGGGACCUCUUGGUAAGCUACACAACAUCGCUGUCUAUAUUCGAAGAUCUACAGUGCACAGCGACGCUUGGUACCGCCUGGCAGGCUGCACACUCGGCAUCGACAAUGCGACGAGGUGGAAUUCGUGGUACAUGCUCCUUCGGAACGCACUGGACAAGAAGGACAAGCUGAUGAUGUUCCAGCAAGAACAUCACAAGGCUCUUGGAGAUGAUUGUCUUACGCAGGAUGAUUGGGACAUCCUGCGAUUGACGGCGGACUUUCUCCAGCCAUUUUGGCAGGCUACGCUAGCACAGCAAAUGAUAUGGUCGUCUUUGGAUCAGCUCCUCUACCACAUGGAUAUCUUGCUCAAGCAUUUUGAGGAUGCUAAGAAGAAGUAUAGCGACCACCCAUGUCUCAUCCACUCCAUCCACAUGGGCUGGUUUGUGCUCGACAAGUACUAUUUCAAGACCGAUGAGACACCCAUAUAUUCCACAGCAUUGCUUCUGCACCCAUCCAAGCGAUUAAAAUACCUCCGCCAGAACUGGCAUGCAGAUUGGCAUGAGGGGGCGAUUGGUAAGGCCAGGCAGAUCUGGAGUCAGUACAAGGACUACGCUGUGGAGUCCACCCCAAAGGAUGCUCCAGAGAUGGAAAUGACCGUAUUUGACAAGCUGGCGCGGUCGCUUGAUGUGACAGAAGCGGAAGAUGACGACGCAGAUGAGCUAGAGAAGUUUAUGAAUGGGACUCCGUGCAAGAUUGCAUCGAGUCCGCUGGCAUGGUGGAGCACGGAAGAGCAGCGGACGGAAUACCCACGGUUGCAUAAAAUGGCUCUCGAUGUGCUCUCAAUUGCGCCUAUGUCUGAUAAAGCAGAACGCGUCUUCUCGAGCACUCGACGUACCAUUUCUUUUGACCGCGCGCGUCUUGGGGCGGAAACGAUUGAGAUGACAGAGUGCCUUGGAAGUUGGAAGAAGAACAAUUCAAUUUGUAAUAUGCAUCUACUGUAG